AUGGGAAAGGGCAACCCUCCGUUCCGGCUGUGGAGCCAUGGCCGUGCUUUGAGACAUCGUGGGCUUUGCAAAGCUGAAGGUCGUUGCCACAAAUGUUGGUGGGCCCAGCAUGGGCCCAAAUGGAAGAGAAAAUUCCCUUGGCUUCGUUUCGGGCAAGGCGUGGCCGAGGAUGUUGACUUCGGCUUUGGCUGUAGUGUUUGUGUCUUCGACCACUUAGUCUCCAAUGGUGCAAUCUUGGGGAAUGCAAAACGACGACCUGUAGCCACACCUUGCAGAACCAGAUGCGUGGACACACUCGACCACUUUUCGCUCUUCUCGGUGAGACGCCGCUUGAAGGCUGAUACGCUUAAGCGUCAUCACGACAGUCAGAAACACCAGGAAGCGCAAAGGUUUUUGCCAGGGCACAUCACUGAGGAUGAUUUGACUGCGGCACCUUCUCUGCAAGACUUUGCUUCUGCUUUGAGGAAUAUGAGGAAUGGACAAUCAAUGAGGAAUGGAAGUGCGCCCAGUGACACGACUUCGUUACUUCAUUGGUGCAUCUCCGAGAGCUUGCUUCAGUUCUGGCGCAGCAAGUUGUCUGAGGCCACGACGCUUUGCUUGGUGAGGGAUGAACGGAAAGGAAAAAUGUUAAUUCGUUUCCGUGGUUGCAGCGCAUCUCUGGAGCUUUGCUGUGGAACUUUGGGCUGCCAGCGCAUGACAGGCGGCAGCGCCGAAGACAUUGUGACAGCAACGGCCAAAGCUUUGCGAAUUUUCUGCACUGAAAUGUAUCACCCGCCAAGGAUGGGGCGUCGCUUGUCUCAACAAGGUGGCUUCAAUCGUAUGCUUUUCAAUCAUAUGAGAUCCAUAGUCCAUAUUUUGACCACCGACAGCCAUCCUGCCGAGCUUUUGGCUUCGAACAUUAUGAAGGGGGACAGGCAAAGCGCCGAUGAGCAACACAAUCGAGACCCCUUUCUUCCCAACGUUGUGCUUGUUGGCCGAGAUGCUGCUCAUGCAUCCACCCGCUUGGAGGUCUUUGCCGAAACGAUUCGAAACAAAGACUCACCAGUCCAGAAGAUCUUCAACUCCAAUAUUUUUUCUCGCUGGUUCGAAGAAGCAGUCUUGCACCACGGGGGAGCACCUCAGGCUACGAGUUUGUCUGCGGCUAAGCACCGUUUUGCCAGCUACGCAAAACCACUGGGAAGGAUUACACUUCACUUGGAGACCUUCUUUCGGUUGCUUCAUAGAAUUGCUUCGAUGAGAGAUGAUGCAGACUGGGCCAGGAAAUGGUUGGCAAACAUUUCUUGCCACAAGCUCUUGCUUUUGGCGCUGGCGGCGGACGGGGCAGACAGUUUGAUGCAGCUUUGCCGCUUCCUUGAUGCAGAGAAUACUGACCCGGCUGCCUUGAACCAAGAAAUUGGGCACUUCUUGGAUGAGCUUCACGCACUCUUUCGUUUGGGCAAGGCUUGGGAAGUCGAAGGUUAUUCGAAACACGUGCUUCACGUUCUGGAAUCCGGCUCUUUGUACUCUUUGAUUGGUGGACAAG